CCAUUUUUACCAAGUAAGCAAAGCCGCGUUCGAAAUUCGUAAUGGCCAGCGCAGUAGGCGAAUUGAUGAACCACGUGGGCGCGGAAUUCGAUUCCGGCCGAGGCACGAGGAAGAGCCUCGUCGAAAUUGGCAGUAGUUCUUGAACCGUGGAGCUCGCGAGGCCAAGGGCGAUGGAUUUCGAGCCUCGUCGGAUUGCGCUGCGUCGGGCGUCGAGAAUUGGAGAAUUGGAGAUUGAGAAAUGCAGGAACUGAGCACUGGGAGUUUCGAUCCCUGUGAUCCGGAAGAAUUCGAGGUUUCUGGGGUUUUGCUGAAUCUCCUCUCGUCGUCGUGUCAUACUCCGGGCAGGUCGCACGGUCCAGCUUUGGGAGGAUUUCGAAUUGGCCUGAGUGGGCGAUUUUCUUCGUCGAGGACGAGUGUAGUCGUGCGAGGGGCUCACUGAUUUAAUGGCUUCCUGCUUUUCAUGGACCCGUCGCAGAGGUCGUAUGGAUUUUUGACCGGAGUAUUGUUUUGAGUUCGUGAAGUUUCGAAGCUCCAAACGUCAUGGCGAAGGGACGGUUGUCUCUGGCCGUGCAAUGUAUCCAACGCUGGUGCAGAGUGGAUGUGAACAGUUCGCUCAACCAUAGCGCAAGUCUAUUUAGUAGCUCAAAACUUCCAAAUAAGACCUCCACAGGCAACAGCGCAGUGGCAUGUGGCCUGCUAUUUGGUGUGACCGCGGGUGUUUUCUGCCUCGAAUCCUCGGAGGGAAAGAAAGGCAGGGAGGAAUCAAGGAGGUCCUACCAACUGCUUGAUGCGCCAGGCUCGAUUGACCAUCUUUACUCAUACGCUCCAUCUGUCUCACCCAAAAGCCAGGACAAUGGACAGCUGGAAGCAAAAAGUAUGGGGUUUUCAAGACUGAAAAGAUUUGUGGAGUCAAGGAUAAACUAUGGACUGAUGGAAGCUAUGGAAGAUGGGCCCAUUCAAGACUCUUCAAGAAAAAAUGUCUUUCUCACUCGGCAUGCAAUUGCUGAUGCUGCCGCCAAGGCUGCCCCUGCCGUUGUCAAUAUCACCGUUUCUAUUGGUGGUCGCGGUAUCUUUUUUGCACAGACAGGUGGCUCAGGAUUCAUUAUCAGUCCUGAUGGUACUAUCUUGACAAAUGCUCACGUCGUUGCAGAUGAUGGGCACGGGCCAUAUAAAGGCAAGAUCGUGGUCACGAUGCAAGAUGGUCGUACCUUUCCUGGGGAAAUUAUUAGCUAUGAUUCUUUAGCAGACAUAGCGGUUGUGAAAGUACACUCUACAAAACCUUUGCCGACAGUCGCGUUUGGUUCAUCGCGCAAACUCCGGCCUGGAGAAUGGGUAGUUGCGCUAGGGAGCCCUCUGCAUCUUCAAAACACUGUUACUGUUGGUAUUGUCAGUUGUGUGGACCGCAAAAGUGCGGAAAUGGGGUUGCGAGGAGUUCAUGCCGACUACAUUCAGACUGAUGCGGCAAUCAAUCAGGGUAACUCUGGGGGACCAUUGCUCAAUCUCGACGGCGAGGUGAUUGGGAUCAAUACCAUGAAGGCAUUGGCAGCUGAUGGUGUCAGCUUCGCUAUCCCAAUAGACAGUGCUCUCAAAAUUAUUGCUCAACUCAAGAAACAUGGGCGUGUGGUACGGCCUUGGCUUGGAAUGAAGAUGCUUGGAUUGACUGAAGAUAUAAUUCUUCAACUGAAAGAAAGGGACCCCUCAUUUCCUGAUGUAACUGGAGGUGUUCUUGUCCCACAGGUAAUACCUGGUUCUCCAGCAGAACGAGCUGGAGUGCGUCCUGGAGAUGUUGUUGUUGAGUUCGAUGGUCAGCCAGUGACAUCUAUUCAUCAGAUUGUCGAAUCAUUAGGAGAUCGGGUUGGAGUAACCUUUAAGUUCGUUGUCAAACGAUCUAAAGGAGGAACUGCUACUCUUUCUGUUGUUACAGAGGAAGCUAGUCCAAGUAUUUAGGAUCUGCUUCGUUCCGAGAUAUUUCUAACGACAUUACAAUUCUUCGAUUUCUGUCACUGCAAACAGCAGCUGGUACUACCACGACUACACAGGCUCUAGUGAAGAAAAUGAUUCUAGUGAUAAGCCUGUUUUUGUUUGAGUUAGCAAAUCUUGCCCUCGGAUACUGAAAAAAUGAUGUAGCCCAUACUAGCAUCUAAAAAUUUGAUCAAAAUUACACGAAGUCCUCUAUCAGUUCCGGACCUCUGCAAACACGACUUUAUGUCACGAAACAUAGGUGUCAAGUUGCCUUUGUCUGCUAUCUGGCUUUGCAAUACAUCUCGAGGGAAGCUCCCGAAGUGCCAUGUGUUCCUCAACAUUUAUGGUGUAGGUUGUAGACUACUUUGUGGUCAACAAUUUCUAUCCGUAUGCUUCAUAUAGAGCAUGUUCUACACAUGAAAUCUUUCUUCCGGUCCAGCUCCCCGAGGUAACACAUUUAGGGAGAUGUAUCCAUAUCUGUUUCUGUUGUGUUGAUCCAGGCCUCGAUUGACUUUCGUCGGUCCUCUGCAAUUUUCAAUGGCGAAUGAAAUUUAUAAUGUUGCUCUUUCUCGAUAUUUCGGCCAUGAGUAUCGAAAGGCGUGAGGUAGUGUCGUUUCUAUGCAAAAUGCUGUAGACGGUAUGGCUCACCUCGAUCUCUGUCUUGAAUGAAAAUGUCUGAGAGGUCCGUCCAGGUUCAGGAAGAGCGAUUAACUUUGAAGUUCAUCUGGUUACUGAAUUGGUGGGCAAUCUGUUGAUUGCAACAUUUUAUACUCCUCGCUCUGU